AGGCUAAUGAUUGCCUACGCUCACACAUUGAGGCAGAAGCGACCACGUUCAAUGUUUCUCCACAGAGCUGACUUAAGCCUUCAUCCUCGAACGAAAUCUCGUGAUUCAGAGUGAAAUAAAGUUGGUUCCCUUCGUUGGAGAAGUGGGAAAACAUCACGACCCCGACCAUGAUCAGCACCAUGGAGUGUGCAGUGGAUGCACAAAGUCUCAUUUCGAUAUCUUUACGGAAAAUCCACAACUCCCGAACGCAGAGAGGAGGAAUCAAGCUGCACAAAAACCUGCUUGUCUCCUAUGUACUGAGGAACGCCAGGCAAGUCUACAUGAACGAGAAGUAUGCCGAAAUCUACAGGAUGCAGCAGUACGAGGAGGUGAUGACCGUCUGCAACGAGAUCCAGGAGCUGAACCCGCUCGAUCUGGUGGAGGACUGCGAGGAGCAGACUGGGGACUGCUGCGGCACCGCGAGCGAGUCUGCGAGCCUCUGCGGCGCGCUCCUACCCGUCAGUCACCAGGCUCCUUCGGUGCAGCACAUACAGCCUAGCAGCGCCUGCUCGGUGCCCCUAGGUCUCCAAAACGAAGAGGUCUGCAAAUCGCCGGACCCCUCGUUCUACCGCAGCUGCUGCGCGGAAGCCUAUCCCGUGUGCAACUGUGACUUUUCGCCGGUAAACAACAUGCACUGCAACAAAACUACAGUGCUCGAUUUGGACACGCAUGUCGUUACCACAGUAGAGAACGGGUAUUUGCAUCAGGACUGCUGCGCUUCGCUCCAACAGUGCUGCCAGGGCGCGCAGAGCCCGGCCAAGAAACGCAAGCUUGACUUUGGGUACUACGUGUCCGAGAUCGAGGAGGUACCGGAUUUUACGCCGUGCAAAAGAGCGAAAUUCGAGGACUCUUCUUACGCGUGCACGGAGCCCUUGAACACGUCGAACAUUUCUAACCUCAUCUCGAUCUUCGGCUCGGGGUUCACGGGACUGGUGAGCAGACAAGCGGACUUUGAGCAAGCCUUAAACGGACAGUUCUGUAGCAAACAAGCCCUUGCGAGUUUAGGGGCUUGGACGAGAGCUAUUGUAGCCUUUUGAUUCUGUGGUUAAUGCGAAUACAGAUACUUUAUGAAA